AUGCGUGAAGUCAUCUCUCUACACGUCGGGCAGGCCGGUGUUCAGAUCGGAAAUGCGUGCUGGGAGCUCUACACGCUCGAGCAUGGCCUUAACGCGGACGGUCGCCCCUCGGAGGGCUCCUCCACCCAUAGUGACGGCGGUUUCUCAACGUUCUUCUCGGAGACUGGCUCGGGCAAGUACGUUCCCCGUUCCCUCUACAUCGACCUCGAGCCCGGCGCCAUCGACGAUGUCAAGUCUGGCACCUACCGCUCUCUCUUCCACCCCGAGACGAUGAUUUCUGGAAAGGAGGACGCGGCGAACAACUACGCCCGCGGUCACUACACCGUCGGCAAGGAGCUCAUUGACCCCGUCAUGGACAAGCUUCGCCGCCUCGCGGACAACUGCACGGGUCUGCAGGGCUUCUUUGUGUUCCACUCGUUCGGUGGUGGAACCGGCUCUGGCUUCGGCGCGCUGCUCAUGGAGCGCCUCGCCAACGACUACGGCAAGAAGUCGAAGCUCGAAUUCUGCGUGUACCCCGCUCCCCAGCUCUCGAGCUCGAUUGUUGAGCCCUACAACUCGGUCCUCACGACGCACACGACGCUCGAGCACUCGGACUGCUCCUUCAUGGUUGAUAACGAGGCCAUCUUCGAUAUCUGCAAGCACAAGCUCAACGUCUCCCAGCCUAGCUUCCCGAACCUCAACCGCUUGAUCGCCCAGGUCGUCUCGUCCGUCACCGCGUCCCUCCGUUUCGAUGGCUCCCUCAACGUCGAUCUCAACGAGUUCCAGACAAACCUUGUCCCCUUCCCCCGUAUCCACUUCCCCGUUGCCUCCUUCGCGCCGCUCAUCUCCGCGGACAAGGCUCACCACGAGCAGAACUCGGUCUCCGAGAUGACGUUCUCGUGCUUCGAGCCCGGCAACCAGAUGGUCAAGUGCGACCCCCGCGAGGGCAAGUACAUGGCGUGCUGCCUGCUCUACCGUGGCGAUGUUGUCCCCAAGGACACGUCCGCCGCCGUCGCGAGCAUCAAGACCAAGAAGACGAUCCAGUUCCUCGGCAUCUGCAACGAGGCCGCUGCCUGCGUCCCCGGCGGUGACCUCGCCAAGACUGCCCGCAGCUUGUGCAUGCUGUCGAACACGACCGCCAUCUCUGCUGCGUGGUCGCGUCUCGACUACAAGUUCGAUCUCCUGUACUCGAAGCGUGCCUUCGUCCACUGGUACGUCGGUGAGGGUAUGGAGGAGGGUGAGUUCUCAGAGGCGCGUGAGGACCUUGCCGCGCUCGAGCGCGACUACCAGGAGGUCGGUACCGACUCGGCUGAUGGUGACGAGGAAGAGGCCGGAGAGUACUAA